AAGGCAGAGAAAAUGGCACAAAUAAUGCAAAUUUGAAUAACUAUUUUGCUAACUGCAACAUUGUGUCAUAAAAUCCUGAAACUUUUUAAUUUUUUUGUCAAACUUUGAAUAAUCAAAAUACCUUUAAUUCUCCAGUAUACUCCAUUACUUAUUUUAUGGAUAUUUUAAAAUAUAGGUACAUUUUUUUAAAUAAUUCCUAAUAUGCAUUAUAUUAAGAAAAAUUUUAAAACAUGUAGAAAUGCAUUAUAAUUAUUAUUAUAAUUCAAAAAGUGUUAAUUAGUGUCAUUUAUCACUGUAUGUUGUUUCAACACUGAUACAUUGUGAAAGAAAAUAUAACCUCAAACCACCACUGACAAAAAACACUAAAAAUAAACAAAAUGGUAAGAAAACGCUCAAAAGUAGCAAAAAGGCAUUAUUAUAGUGAAGAGGAACCUGAAACAGAGUCCGAUUUCGAAGAUGAUCCAGAGUACGAACCGGCUCCUAAAAAAUAUAGUCUGAGACAAAGAAAAAGACAAACAUUUAAUGCUGAUGAUUGGGAAUAUGAAGAGGAUGUACCUGUGGAGACUCCUAAAGUUGCUUCAGAUGAUGAAGAAUUUAACGUUACCAAUAAUAAUCCCAAGUCAGAUGAAGCAGCCAACAGUGAACAAGUAAGUGACUCUACUGAUAAACCUACUGAAUCUCCAGCUGAAGAGACUGUAGAAAAAUGUGAUGAAUUGGUGGACUUUGAGGACAUGAUUAGAGCAGACGUAGUAGUUAACAAAAAUCGAAUAGAUUAUGAUAAUGUUAUCCAAAAAACUGAGAUUAAAGUACAACCUUUAAGUGAAACAGAACAAGUAAUAAAGAAGUCAAAAAUUCAACCACCCAAAAGUCAACCAGCCAAAAGUCAACCAGCUAAACCAGGUAAAAAAAGAGGAAGAAAACCUAAGCGAAGAAAGAGUGAAGAAGAACCCCAAUAUUUUGCACCGCAAAUCCAAGAAGAUGAAAAUGAUGCAGAUUAUCACCCAUAUAAGCCAAGGAGAACUAGAAGACCCAAAAAGAGACCUGCUGGAGAAAUUGAUAGUAGUCUUUUAGAAGAUUUUGAUAAUGAUGAUGACUUGGAAGAUACAAAUGACAGGGAUUAUAAUCCAGAAGAUGAUUUAGACUAUCCAGGUCUUUCUAACUUUAUUUUAAAUAGACAAAUCACUGAUGAUUUUGAGGAUACUACAUCUAAUACUGUUGUUAGUAAAGAAGGUAGUUUACCAGAGGCAUACUCAUCAGUUGAUACUACUACUGCAGACACUACAGAUUCAGUAGCAAACAUUGAUUUAGUGAGUGGUAGUAGUGAUUUAGGAAACACGCAAUCAGGUGCAGCUUCAGAGGUUAUAGAAAACGAAUCGCAGAUUGAAAAGGCAACAAAUACCCCAGAUUCAGAGAAGGAUGCAUCUGAAACUGUUGCUGUUAGUGUGUCAGCUGCAGAUACAACAUCAGCAGUUCAAGUACCAGACACAACUGAUAAAGAGAAACCAUUUGAUCUUAUUGCAGCUAAUAAUGGAUCAUGCUCUAGAGAAGAGAGUAAUGACGCCCCUCUUCAGUUAGAUGAAAUCAAUGAAUCCGAUAAAAACAAUAGUUUACAAAACGUAUCGUCCACUUCUUCCGAUUCCGUUAUAAAAGUGAACGAGAACUGUGUUUCCACUGACUUACAAGUUAACGGAAGUGUUAAACAUGUAGAAGAUUUAGUCGUGGAGGCCGAUUCAGUAAUUGACGAUGACGAAGAUGACGAUGACGUUGUAUUCGUGGAGCAGGAAAAAAAAUAUGAAAUUAUCGUUUUAGAUGAUUGAAAAAAAUUAUUUUUGAAUAUUUACAUAGUUAUCUUAGACUGAGUUUUUGUAUUUAUAUUACAAAGAGAUUUUGUUUUCGGAUUUUGUGAUACAUUAUCGUUCUGUAUAGUGCAAUGACGCGUACAAGUUUGAGGAGGUCAACUAGUUUUUUUAAAUGUAGAAGAACUGCUGCCAACUAUUUUUUAUGAUAGGCUUAAUGGAACGAAGUCUAAUAAACCCAAGAAUGUAGUAUGUAUUUUAAAAUAUAAAAUACUCCUUUAUGAACUCCAUAAGACUACAUAUCUUAUGGACUCUAGCAAUAUAUGGUUGAAAAACAUUGUUUGAAAUUAUGUUACUGCCACCAUAGGUAUCAAAUUUUGACUGUUUUGUGUGUUAAUUUGUUUGUGUAAUCUGUAUCGUAGAUGUGAUUGUUGAAAAAAUUAAAUUAAAUUCCAUUAUCACAUUUUUAAAUUUAACAGUAAUCUUUAAAUCAAUUUUUUUAUUUAAUUAAAAAUUUAAUCAUUGGGUGCGUUGGAAUGACCACAGCGGAUGGACAGCUGAGUAAGCGAUAGCGUUCAGACGACACUGCUGGAAGCUGGAAGUCAGCCGCUGAGCGUUCUAAGCUUUCCUUUACAGCGCUGGAUACAACCACUCAGCCGAUUUGUGCUGACGGUCAGCCGCUGUGGUUGUCCGAACGCACCCAUUUGUUCAGGGUUGUGUUGUGUGUUGCUAUGUAUUGGGUAUAGUUCUUCUACUCUAACUUUUUCCAUACAUGACAUUAUUCACAAAUGACCUUUUAUGCUAGGUCUCUUUUUUAGUCACAGAAACUAGUAUCGCUAUAUUAAUCCGCUUGUCGAUAAAAACCACAAUAAGUUAAGCAAGCAUAAACAAUAUGGCAUGUCGUUGAUAUAACUUAAGUGACAGUGUCAUUAGUGCAUUUGUUGGUUUUAUUUGAAUUUAUUGUUUAUUAGUUUAUCAAAUUACUUAACUUUUAUUCUUUAAAUGUUAUUGUAAUUUUUAUUUUCAAACAUAAUUAUUGUUAGAACGACUAACUGCUGUCCUCUCUUAAUUUGAUUUUUUUCGGUAAGUACCUAUUUAUUCUUUAAGGAAAAGUGACAAGUAAUAUUUAGUGUCUGUAGUUCUGUCGAAUGGGAACUUGUUUGUUUAUUUUCGAGAUUAGUGUUUAACGUCUUGGUUUUUUUUUUUGUUUCUUUAUUACCGUUCUAUAUUUAUCUUUAUAGUAGUAAUAGUCGGCAUGAUGUUCAACAUGUUUAAUGUUAAGUCGAUCAAUCUCCUCAAUGGUGAAAAAACAUUAAACACUUUAAUAAAAUAACACGAAAUUUUUUUUAUAUAGAAUAAUAUAAUAUUAUUUAAUAUUCUAUUAUUAGCGUCAUCUAUUGACAACUCGAUUAAAUGUUAUAAAUGUCACCGACGAAAUGUAAUCAGAGACGUGCGUUUUUUUCUGUCACAUACAAUUUAAUGCGUUAGAGAGAAAUCGAAAAACUGUGACGCACUGAAAAAUGCUCAUGAAAAGAACCAUAGUACAUGUGAUAUAUGAAACGACGCGUAUUGAAAAGUCGAGCUCGAAUAUUUAGUUCUGGUUUUGAUGUCAUCUCUGGGUAAAAAGUUAUGACUGGAAGUUUGGCAAAAAUGACUCAAAAUUAGCGAUAUCAUAUUUCAAUCGACGCAAAGUUACACGAAGAGUUCAAAUAUCGAUUUCCUACAUUUUGGGAGAAAACCUAGGAUUUAAGAUAUCCAAUUGCUUCUUACAUAACGAAAGCAAUUAGUGGUGUAGAUGUUUUAGAAGUCAUUAAUAAAAUAAAAAUUUGUGCAAUCUUCUUAAUUACCAAUCAUAUUAAAUAAAUAUUUUUCCAAUUAAAUUAAAAUUUAAAAAUUUUUCAAAUAAGUGCCUGUCUAUUUCUUAUUAAGGAAUUGAUUUAUGUUGACAUUUGAUUCUCUAUUUUUCUUAGGAGUAUUUAUUCAAAUAAAAAAGGAAUGAAUCAAAACGUUUUCGGUUGUAUUCUGGUGUUGAUACUUCUUAAAGAAAAUAAAAUGUUAUUUACAAAGAAAAUAUUAAUAAAUAAUAUAAGUAAAUAGUAUAUGAUAAAUUCUGUGGAAUAAGUAUAAGUAUCCAUCCAAAACAAUUAAUAGAGCCUAUUCUAACAUGAUUUUUUGAGAUGUCUCGAUAUUGUGCUCAUAUUUAUCUACUAGUUGAACUCCUCAAAUGAAAAAAAAAACAAUGUACCCUUGAGCGUUCUAUUCCAAUGUGAAAUCAACAGUCUAAUUUGAUGUCGGUUUAUUUUGAUGUCUGUACUUGUGAGAUAACUUUUAUUUGCAGAUUCGUCAUAAAGGGUGAUUUUUGUUAAUAUGAAAUUUUAACUUUAAACUUAAGCUUUGACAUCAACAUUUCAAGCACAUUUGUGUGAAUUUUUUAUGAAACUUUGGUAUAAUUAUUUUAUUUAUAAAUUCUUCUUCCUGCUUCCUUAAUAGGCUCGCGCCUGUUCCAUCUUCGGAUGCCUCCUCAUCAGAUAUCCAGGUUGUCGCUCCAUCUCUUCCUUGGCCUUCCUAUACUCCUUCGGCAGUUUGGUGAUCUGUCUCGUCCUAUGUUUGCCAGUCUUCCUUCUCCCAUUCUGUUUAUAUGGUUAUACCAUUCUUUUUUUCGUUUCAGUGUCCACUCAUUUAUAUUCUCUAUAUUACACCUUUCAUUGCCUGAAUGAGGUCUGUGCAACGUUGUCUAUCCCAUAAUGAUUUUCCUGUGAUAUCUCGAACUAUUUUCAUUUCACACGUUUCCAUCAGUCUUUUUGUCCUUCGCCUGCGGGGACUUUUUUUUGGGAUGUGGGAAUCUUUGCAAGACCGUCUGGGAAGGUGUCCCAGGUGUGUCGGAUUCAGUCCGUCCUACUUCAUCUUGAUGGGCCGCCUACCGACUAAACCCACCCCCUCUUUCUCCAGCCGACGAGUCUGGAACCGCUCUUCGCGAGCAUGUCUGACCCGUCGACCUUACUCCUAACUCCCCUCUGGCACUCUUCGCAGUCUUCGCGUGCAUUUCAUAGAUUGGGUGGCCCCCGCUCCCCCCUUCCGCACGAGCCUUACGCAAGACCGGCCGGUGAAGCGACCGUCCACGCGCAACCCAUGUGCGGGCUGGGCGACCAGUGUGCCCCCAUCUACGAUGGAACUAGCAAAACAGAACCAGUUGGCAAUUACGAGUAACACCAAUCAUUCAUACAUUCAUCGAUUCACACUCGCACUCAUACCCAUUUACUCCAGGUUAAAAAGGGAGGCAGUCAGCGAGGUUGGAUGUAAAAUGUCCUCCCCCACUAGCUGCCCCAGGACAGAACAAACAAAGAAAUAACAAAUAAACAGAAAAUAGACAGAAAUACCCAAGACAGUCGGCAUGGACUAGAUGUAGAGAGUCUUCCCCAUACUGGCUAUCUUUUACGACGUACACCAAAUAAAAAUAAAAUAAGUCCUCUUGUGGGGACUUGGGUGAAUUGAAUAUCUCAGCAUUCACGUUGCCGGUCCUAAGCCCGGAUAAAGAAGGAAGGUUCUCGGGUGAGGCUAGUAACCUACCCGAGGUAAAAAGAAAGCACACUCACAGGCCUGAAGAAAUUUUUAAAUUAAUGAAGCAUAUUCAGUGCAAUUCAAAUAGGUAUUCAAAAAAAAAUUUAAGGCGAAAUAUUGAAAAAUAAGCCAACGGUGGAAAAUAAGAAGAAGAAAAAAUAUUGAUUUUGCGGUGAAUAUCAGAACCCGUCUCUGGAUCAUGUGACACAGAAAAUUAAAAAAGAAUUUAUUAUCUUUUCUCGAGGUAACGCUGUCGAGUUUUUGGUAUCACUCAGAAGUCAAAAUAACGAAAUUUCUUGUAAAAAAUGGUGAAAGUCAACAUAUUUAUUAUUGUUAAACAAAAAAUAUAUCGACAGCGUUACCUCAUGAAAUGAAGUAUCCACCGCCUUUGAAAAAGGCAGUUUUGGGAAAGAUGCGUUUUAAGUUAUGACAACUUUUAUUUUUCAAUUUCUUUUAUGUCUAUGAAAUCGUAAAAUGAUGCAUACCGGAAUAUGUUUUUGAAUCGCGGAGUAAUUUACAAAGAGAAGGGGAACAGCUGUUGAUCAUUUCUCACUACGCUCAAGCGCACUGGCGCGAGGAUGCUGCAAAGCAAUUCGAAGGUAGGGAUAUUCAACGUGCUAUAUUUCUGGUAAUUUUGCUCAUAUCAAUCUGAAAUUUUCAGAAAGUAUUCUUGAAUGUUUGCAAUUUAAUUUAAAAUAAUUAAAAAAUAGAAAAUUUAAAAAAUUUUCAAAGUGAUUAAAUUUGUACAUUGGUACAGCUUGAAAAAUUUGUCUGGUAUAUGGCUCGAACUAGAAUCCUAGUAAUCUAGUCAGUUCGAAAGAAGUCUACCAGGCCGCUGAGCUAUUGAUCUGAUAAAACAUGGUAUUUAGAAAGUAAAAAAGUUUGUUAAGUGCAAAAAGCUUAUUACAUAUAUUUAUAUAGCUAAUCUUUCAUGUUAACGAAUCACCAAUUAAAUAAUACAUACUUUGGCCAAGGUAUAAUAAUUUGUAUAUUUAUCAUAGAAAUAUAUUUAUGAUGUGAGAAGUAUAUGUGCCACAAGGAGUAUUUUUGCUAAUGGGUUUGGUAGGCUUUGUCAACAAAAUUCUCGUUGUUAAUUUUUGCUAUACAUCACUUAAUAUAAAAUUAGGGCUCUGAUAACUAUUGUAGUAUUAGAUCAUUUAAUCCAAGCCGUCGAGUAAGCAAAAAGUAACUAACAAAUCCAUUAAAGCAUUUUAAAGUCAUUAACUCAUUUUUUACUAUGUAAGAUCGUGUCAUAUUUAGAAUAUAAGAUUUAUACAUGCCUAUACUUCUCACUUUGGUAUCACAACAAAUUAUUUGUCAUUUUAAUUCAUUGCUGAUUAUUCGCAAUCUAAAUUUUUAUAAUUUCAUUAUUUUUUGUUAUAGAUUAAUAGAUAUAUUAAGUAGGUGUAUGUAUUAUUUUUUAAUAAAAAAAAACACCUAUUUGGA